AUUCACCUCGAUAGCUCCUCGGUCCUGUAGUUCAUCCAGCCGGACCCAUGGCAUUUCGCUUCUUUGGCAAGUCCCUCCUCUACGCACUGCCGCUGGGAGUCACUUUCCUGGACUGUGUUGGAUAUGUGGCCAGGGUGGAUGGCAUAUCUAUGCAGCCCUGCUCUCAAUCCAGUGCCGGAUGAGAAGGACUACGUGUUCCUGCUGCGCUGGGGCACGCACAACAGCCAGGUGGAACGCGGCGACAUAAUAUCCCUCAUCUCGCCCAAGGAUCCUGCCCAGAAGAUCAUCAAACGCGUGGUGGGGCUGCAGGGCGACGUGGUCUCCACGCUGGGCUACAAGCACGAGAUCGUGCGCGUUCCCGAGGGUCAUUGCUGGGUGGAGGGCGACCACACGGGCCACUCCAUGGACAGCAACACCUUCGGACCCGUGGCCCUGGGCCUGAUGUCCGCGAGAGCAGUGGCCAUUGUCUGGCCACCGGAACGCUGGCGGGUGCUGGAGAACGAGCUGCCACGCCGCCGGAGGCCCAUCCAGGCCUCCAAGAACACCAGCAACUACUACAACUAGACUGACCACCACCUGGCGGAGGGUCUGCGCCCAAGAUAGUUCCAAAUGUGUACAUACUUACAGAAAUACCCGUAUAUUUUAUAAUCAAUUGUUGUGUUCCCGCAUUCGAGGCAAGCUAGGAUGUUCUAAAUUAAAUAUGAAAGUAAAAAGCCAAAGAAAAUUGCAUAUUUUAAA